CUCGAGACGGACAGAUGUGCUGGUUCAGAUCACAAAUCCCCUCGCGUCGCCUCCCAUCAUCGGAACCCAUGUCAGGCCGUGACAACCAGCUCGACGACUUCUGCCUGUAGCUCGUCGUUCAGCUCCGAGUACUGCAACCGGCAGCAGCGGCGCAGAGCGGAGACAGUCCAGCGCCAGUGGAAAGUGCGCCGGUACCAAAAGUGGAUGAUAACAAUCGGUGGUUCAAUGGAAAAAGGGAUGAAGAGUGGGGAUGAACAGGUGAAUUGA